ACCUCGCCCAAAAGAAAUAAUAAACCAACCAGAUAGCUGGAAGGAGCUCCGAGAAAAAGGCUGUACUCCGGAAGAACCAGGACAAGAUCGUGAAGUAAAUAAUGUCAGGGGCUUUAGAUCUUGCUCGGAGCAUGGGAGGGUCGAUUGACAAGGACCAAGUCAAAUCGGCCAUUGAUCAGUACUUGAAGUACCACGACCUACACGGAGGUGAACAAGAAUCGAGGAAAUCAAAUUACACUGAUUUGGUGAAUAAGUACUAUGAUCUUGCCACUGGCUUCUACGAAUAUGGAUGGGGCGACUCAUUCCAUUUUGCUGGCAGAUAUCCAGGUGAGACUUUCCGUGAAGCCAUCAAGCGGCAUGAGCAUUUUAUUGCACUACAAUUGGGGCUCAAGAAGGGGAUGAAGGUUCUGGAUGUGGGAUGUGGAAUUGGGGGACCUUUAAUAGAAAUUGCCAGAUUCAGCUCAGCAAUGAUAACUGGAUUGAACUACAACGACUACCAGAUCUCAAGGGGCAAGGAGCUCGUUUUUUCGGCUGGCUUGAAUGAGCAAUGCUCCUUCUUGAAGGGGGAUUUCAUGAACAUGCCAAUAGCUGAUAACACCUUUGAUGCGGCCUAUGCAAUACAGGCUACAUGUCACGCACCGGAUGCACAAGGCGUCUACAGUGAGAUCUACCGUGUGCUGAAACCUGGGCAGUAUUUUGCACUUGAUGAAUGGUGCUUGACCGACCGAUUUGAUCCAAACAACGGUAAGCAUCUGGCCAUCAAGGCUGAGAUUGAGCUCGGCGAUGGCCUGCCUGACAUCCGCACCACUCGCCAGUGUGUGCAAGCUAUGAAAGAUGCAGGAUUUGAGGUCAUUUGUGCAAAGGAUCUUGCUCAAGAUUUUCCUUGCCCGUGGUACCAGAUGAUGGAUCCCAACAAUUUUUCAUGGACUAGCUUCCAAUGCACACGACCAGGACGGAUCAUCACCCGUGCAAUUGUCAAUGCAUUGGAGUUCCUCCGUAUUGCCCCAGCAGGCAGCGCGGGAAUCUACAGCUUCCUGACGAGUGCCUCUGAUGGCCUUCUAAAGGGUGGCCGAGAAGGAAUCUUCACAGCGACCUUCUUCGUCCUGGCCCGCAAGCCUCUUAAUAAGGAGACUGAAAUAGUGAACGACGGCAAUCUUUGAGUUGCAGGAAGGGAUCUUCAGCCCCGCCUUUUUCGUCCUGGGCCGCAAGCCUCUCAAGGAGACUGAAAUAGUGAAGUGGCAAUCUUUGAGUUGCAACAUGCCAACAUAAGUAUGGGGUUGUGUUUAAGAGCUAUGAAUAGUGGCCAACUUGUUCUGUACUGAGGUGUGGUUAAUCUUAUGGCUCUUGCACUGUGUGCUGGGUCGUUGGUCAUCUUCCCGCACUAGCUUUGUGUCCUGUACUAAUUCCUGAUGAAUUAUCUGAAUAAAAUGCACUUUGCGAGUUGCGUUACGACUUUGCUCGGACCAUUGUACUUCCUCUGCCUGGAUCUGGAUUUGGCAUAUGAGAAUAGCAUUAACGUAUUUGUCA